AUGGUGCGCGUAAAGAACCGCUAUCUAGUAGUCAACUUCCUAUACCCAGAGCCCCCCACAAAGACCAAAUCCAAACUCCCUGCCGUAAUUCAAAUCCACUCGCCCACGCCCGACGCGCUCAAGCCAGGCUUCAUUGUGCGCAUGAUACGGGAUGGAGUCGAAGAGCUAUUUGGAGAUUAUGGGUCUGGCAUGGUAGCUUCUGGGUUAAAAGUGAACUACUAUUCCCCUUCAACCAGUACAGCCAUAAUCCGAUGUCCCCGCGACCACUACGAAAUGGUCUGGGCCGCCCUCACAUACACUACGCGCCUCCCGCGGCCCCUCGAUACGCCCGUUGUGAUUCGAGUGGUGCGAGUUAGCGGGACUAUCAAAAAAGCAGAAGAAGAGGUUAUACGGCAGUCGCAACUGAUUAUUAAGAGAGCGAGAGAAUGGGAGGGCGAGGGACAGUUGCCUAUGCUGCAGAGUGUGGAGAAGGCAGUGGAGAAAGAGCGGAGGGGAGAGGUGCAGGUGCUCGCUGAAGUUGAUGAUGAGAGUGAUAGUGAUAAUAUGAGUGAGUAG